AUGGGCCAGUCCCAGUCGUCAAAUUCCACGGAUCAGAAUGCUCAAGCAGCCCAGUCGGAGCAAAAGACAGACUACUAUGAGCUCUUAGGGAUAACACGAGGGGCAACCGAGGAUGAAAUCAAAAAGGCAUAUCGGAAAAAGGCCCUCGAGCUACAUCCGGAUCGGAACUAUGGAAACGUCGAGGAGGCUACCCGGUUGUUUGCCGAGAUUCAAUCCGCAUACGAAGUCCUUUCCGAUCCCCAAGAGCGGGCAUGGUAUGAUUCGCAUAGUGAGGUGUUCCUUGGAACGAACGGAUCAUCGGAGGAUCAGCACUCGUACAACAUCCGUCUGACAACAGCGGAGGAUGUUCUCAAGGUCUUCGCCAAGUUCAGCCCUCGUAUGGAAUUCUCCGACUCGCCCACGGGAUUCUUUGGGGGGCUCCAGGAGCAAUUUGCCCAGCUGGCUCUAGAAGAGCGCCUCGCGUGUCAAUGGGAGAACCAGGAGGUGGUCGACUAUCCCAGCUUUGGAUCUCGCGACGAUGAUUUCGAGUCCGUUGUCCGGCCCUUCUACGCAGCCUGGAGCGGCUUCUCCACCUGCAAGUCGUAUGCUUGGAAGGAUGCCUACCGAUAUUCGGAGGCUCCGGAUCGUCGCGUGCGGAGGAUGAUGGAGAAAGAAAACCGGCGGCUGCGUGAAGAAGCUAUUCGGGAAUUCAACGACGCGGUCCGGUCGUUGGUGGCGUUUGUCAAGAAGCGAGACCCGCGAUACCGGGCGAACGCGCAAAAUGAUGCCCAGCGCCAGGAAGCCCUUCGUCAGUCAGUGGCAGCCCAGGCCGCUCGGUCACGCGCGCAGAAUCAAGCGAAAAUGGCAGACUUUGUCCUCCCCGAGUGGGCCCGAUCCGAGGAACCAACCUUGGAGGAGGAAGGGGACAGUGAGGAAAGUGAGAUUGAGGUGGAGAGCUUCGAGUGCAUCGUGUGCAACAAGCAAUUCAAGAGUCAGAAACAGUUUGAGGCCCACGAGCGGAGCAAAAAACACAUCAAAGCCGUCAAACAGCUCCGUCGGGACAUGCAAUUACAAAAUGACGCAUUGGACCUAGAUCCCACUGGCUCGGUGGAAUCACCUGGUUUGGCUUCACCAUCAAUAGAACUCAUUGCAGACGACGCCAGCAUUGGGUACGCAGACGACCACAGUGUUGAGCGCGAGCCUUUGGCCAUCCAGCGCGAGCCGCCGCUCCAGAAGAAGCGUGAUUCCGAUUCCAAAUCAAGUAUGUCGGGAGAAAAGCAUGACGACGGGGACGAUAAUGAGGAUGUACUUUCCCAGGAUGAGCGAGGCAAGCAAGCCCCGUCUCGAGACUCUCUCGAUUCUGUCGACGAGGACUACGCCUCCAGAGAGGCUGUCCAAAGCAGAUUCCGCUCGGAUCUCGACUCAAACGCCAGUGGGGAUCCCAUGACUCCACUGACCGAAGAAUUAUCUGCCACGGAUAUCAACGACCGAUCGUCCGUGGCAUCGAAACCGGGCAAGGCGAAACAAAGACGGGCCAAAAAGGCGGCUCGUGAAUCAGCAGAGUCCACCGACUUCUCGUGCACGAAUUGCCAUGCCAGCUUCCCGUCCAAAACGAAACUAUUUGCUCAUCUGAAAGAUCAUCCAGAUCACGCUCAGUUACGGAAAGCGCCUGCAAAGGGUAGGAAACGAUGA